AGCCAACAGAUGGGCCGUAUUUGAGAAGUAAACUCAGAACAUACUUAAUCCAUUACAAUUAAAGAAGCUAUAAAAUAAAAAUGCCAAGCAUACCUGAUCCGUGCUAAGUGAAUCAACCUGUACAAUACAUAAACUACAGCCAGCAACUGAUACAUAUAAACAAAGCGUGCCCAGUAUUGAAGAAUUCAUUACUGAUAAAAUUGGACGAAGGCGUUGAUAUGUAACAGAAAUAAAUUAAAAUAAAUUAUGUAGCUAAUGCAAGCAGUACGGAAGAUUAGCCAAGUAGGAGCUCCAAAAACAGAGGAUCAACGGAAUCAAAACAAAAUCUUUCACCACCUUUGCACUAAAUUCUGAUGGGAGAUGAGGCAAUUGUUUAAGUUUGGCAGCACUGCAGUAGUGAGUAUUGUCAGUGUAGCUGUAGAGUGUAGACAUGCAGGCAGUGGCGAGCAGCAGCAGUAUUCUAGUGGUGCACUGAUGGGAGUGAAGCCAUAAAUUUCACUGGUAUUAGUAACCAACGUAGCUAUUUCAUCUUUUUCAACGUUAAUUUGUUGAAAGAAAGUCGUUGAAGAAGAACAGUCUUUACAUUCUUCUUGGAAUACUUCAUGUGAGAGAGAGAGAGAUGAGAAUGGCUGUGGGUACCUGAGGACUCCGAUGCGCCACAAAAGAGAGAGAUUCAAUCUCAGCACCUUCAUCGGUUCACUUAAUAAAUUAUUCAACACUGGGUUAACUGUUUUUCCAUCUCAGUUGCAUGGUCGGCGAUUAAUGAAUUUUAUGCUGUUCCUUCGCUUACACUUGCUCAGAAAACUUGAAUCUUCUAUCUGUGGUAUAAAUAUGCUACAAAGAUGAGUUGUGCAUCUGAACGUACUUAUUGUUCUGUGACUGAACCAACGCACGUAAAAGUCAGAUUGGUUUUUAAUAAUAAGAAGAUUACAGUUGUAAAAAUAUCGGAUGUUGUUGAUUUCCAAGACAAACGUCCUUGCGACUGUAAUGAUUAUGAAAAGCAGAAAGUAUAUGAGUGCAAACUGGUUGAUGAGAAGGGUGUUAAAAAUUUAGUACCUGUAUAAAUAGGGGGCUUAGCAGUCUUAAAUUCUUUAGAAGAGGAUGAAGAAUUAUAUAAUUUCAAGGCCAAAAGAGGAAAUUUUCCACGCAUAAAUACUUCAGUUAUAGAUGAAUAUCUACAAAAAGAUCAUGCCACAAACGUGUCAAUUGAAAAAAUUGAUAAACAGAAAAAAAUCAACGCUGAAGAUAAAGAAACGAAAAAAAGAGUUAAAGAACACAACAAAAAAUUGCAAGAAGAUAUCUUGGAUCAAAAAGUGAGCACGUUAUUUAAAAAAACAGUAAAAAAAUGUAUUGAUAUUAUGUUAUUUUGUGAUGUUUGUAAUGCUGCAGCAAAGAACCAAUUUAGAUGCAAAAAUUUUCAACUUUAAAAUGAGAAAAUUUAUGGAAACAAGUGCAGACAUGGAAAUAGAUCUACAUCAACAAGAAGUGCAAGAAACAGAUAUAAAAAGUAACAACAAUAUCAUUGUAGAUGAUAUAAAGAUCGAAAUAGUACAAGAAAAUUCUCCUUUUUAUAAUGAGCAAAUUUUGUCUUUAAAAGAAAUUGUGAAAAUUACGACUGUUGAGCGAGAUGCUAUGGAAAAAGUGUGCCUUAGGCAUAAGGAGAAUCUUAUCAUUGAAAAAAAGAAAACUGAAAAAUACAAAAUAAUUAAUGAAAAAUUACAAUUUCAAUUACUUCAAUGUGAAGAGUCAUGUAAAGUUUUGAAGAAAGAAUUAUCUUUAUUGAAAAGCUUGAAAGUCGAUGAAAAUGCAAGUAAUUUUGCCAAUACUCGUAUUGAAAGCCAGAAUGAAAUACUUAUGUCAAAAGAGAGCAUUCGACACGGUAGCAAUCAAUUAGAAAAGACGCCUCCUAUGAAACCUAUAUAUGCACAUGAUGAAUUAAAUUAUUCGCCAAGUUUAGUAAACGUAGGAAUUAAAGGACGUAGCAAUGCUGAAAAUAAAAUUGCUCCAAGAAAUUUGUAUACGCUUAAUCACUUUAGUUCAACUCCAAAAUCAACCGCAACAAUUAGCGGCAAUGUAACCAAAAAAAGUAAUGCUGAAAUAAAGAACCAGCACAAUUAUAAACCUAUCGAAGACUCAUCUGCACCUUUAAAUUCAAAUGUGUUGGAAAGUCUACAAGACAACAAUGAAUCAGUAACAGUAUCACCAAAGAACAGCCCUAUUUUGUUCAAGUCACAGAAUCCCAGAAAAAGGAUAAUUUUUGAUUCUGAUGAUGAAAACUCGUUUGACUUACCAUUAAAGAAACCUCAGCAUAUCGGUUUUAGUGAAACCGAAUUUCUAACACUAGCAGCAGGAAAUUCUAGUUCCAAGAAAUUAUUUACACACAAGAUGCCCCAGUCUAAUGAAAAAGCAAAAAGUAACCAUGAUUUUGAAGAUAAUAAAUCAAACAACACAGGAGCAAGUUCUUUACCGUCAAUUGAUUCACGUUUCAAGAAUUUUGGACACAAAAAUACAAUCAUCGAUGAAGAUGGAUACAAGAUAAAAGUAUUUAAAAUAACUGAUCAACUCAAAAUUCCCUUAGAGAAUUGAGAAAAAUACAUAAGAAAAGAAGCAAAAUACUUUUUGAAAAUGAUUUUUCGACACAUGUACCCUUCUGAGGAAGAUCGUGCAAGAAAAUGUAUCAAAGCUCACUCAACGAAGGUUACACCAAACAAAAAAAACUGUAGAAAGCCUUUUGAUUCAUUUGAACUCGAUAUUUUAGACAGAUGUCUUUUAUAUUUUAAAAAGAAAAGAGGCCAAGCAAAACCAUCUAUGAAAGAAUUAUCAAUUGAAAGAAAUUCUUACUUGACGGAAGAAAUCAAUGCUUGCAUUCAGAGUAUGCGCAAAAAAGUCAACGUGCAGUAAUGUAUGCAAGAAGUUAUUAUUAGAUUUAAGUACAAAUCGUACUUUAACAUUUUUUUUUCUUUUAGUAAUAGUUGUUCCUCUUUAGUCUAUUCACAGUCGAUAUUUAUAUUCCAAAUGUUUUUUAUAAUGUAAAAUAAUCAUCUAUGUGGCUACUCAUUAUUUUAAUCACUUGACCGUUGUCAAGAUUAUUUUUCUAAUAGAAAAAUAAUAUAAUGCGAAUUCUUUUUUUCUUUUUAUUCAACUACAAUUAUUCAAAAUAUUAUUAAAAAAGGUAUAUUCCUCUCUAAAUUACAAAUCGAAAAAUAGUUUAAUGAUACUUCAAGACUAAUGUAUGACUCGUUCAUGUGUGAUAUUAAUGUGAUCAUAAAAAUACAGAAUUAUCUUUGAAAAGUAUUUUCAAUAUGUUUAAAAGGCGUACACGUUACCAUUAUGUAGUAUAUUUAUAAAAUAUACUUAUGACUUUGCGAACUAGAAAUUAAACAAAUGAAGUACUUUA